AGCUUUAUGAAAAUAGAAUGAAGAUACAGCCAUCUAACGGGCAUGAUGGAAACGGAAAAAUAAGUUUCCAUCUCUUGUGAUUUCAUAGGUUUAUUUGUGAACACGUCAGGAGCUAACCAUACGUCUAUAGUAUUGGUCGGUAUUGAGUGAAAAAAAUGGCGAAGGUCUGCGUAUAGACGAUCGUCAACAGAGUUGACAGAAACUAAUGAAAUUGGCUAAUGUCAAAAACUACAACGUAAUGCAUGAAAAAUGUAUUCUCUAGUCCGCGCCGCCUUGGUGCGUUUCGUAUGAUCAGGUACAACAUUUUAGUGUUCAAGUGUUCAAUCGAGUGAGAAAACAACGAGAGAAAAAAGGAGAAGCAGGAGAUCCAGUGGUUGCGAAACGUCACAAAUCACAACACGGAACAGGCCACUUCAAGGUGUAAAAAAUGAGUCAAAUACAAAUGGAUCAAGAAACAGUAUAUGGAACUCAUGAGGAUAGUCAUGUGGUCAUGUCAGAAAAAGUACAAUCUUUGGCUGGUAGUAUUUAUCAAGAAUUUGAAAAAAUGAUAGCUCGUUACGAUGAAGAUGUAGUGAAAGACCUAAUGCCCCUCCUAGUCAAUGUUCUAGAAUGUCUAGACAUAUCUUAUACUGAAAAUCAAGAACGUGAAGUUGAAUUAGAAUUAUUAAGAGAAGAUAACGAACAACUUGUUACGCAAUAUGAAAGAGAAAAGCAAUUAAGAAAAACAUCUGAUCAAAAAUUAUUAGAACUUGAAGAUGUAGCAGAAGAUGAAAGAAAAGAACUUCUAUCAAAAAUUGAUAGUUUGGAAUCAAUUGUAAGAAUGCUGGAACUGAAGACAAAAAAUUCACAUGAUCACGGUACAAAUUAUGGCUCUCUCAGUUCAUCCCUUCAUAGAACAUCCCUUUACAUUGUUCGUCUUGAAGAAAAAGAAGCCGAAUUGAAGCGCGAAUAUACUCGCCUACAUGAGAGAUAUACGGAAUUAUUUAAAACGCAUGUAGAUUAUAUGGAAAGAACAAAAAUGUUAGUUGGAAGUACAGAAAGAUUAGAAAAUUCGACUAGUGGUCGAGGUCCAUCUCGCUUACCAUCUCUUGGUUUAACUCAUAUGUCACGAAGUUCAGGACCAUUAAGCUAUGGCUUUCAAAGUUUGGAAGCUAGUAUAAAUGCAGAGGAUAUUCAACAAGAAAAUCCAUCAAAUACUGUUGCUAAUUUAAGGACUGAAAUGUUAGAUAGUAGCAGCGAAGCUGCUAUUGAGACAUCUGAUAAAAGUCAAUUAACAGAUAAACCAGUACAAGCAAAUAAAACAACUGCAAUUUCUAGACAUGAAAGUCCAGAAACUGAAAUACCUCCACCUUUGGUUACACCAACAUCACCAACUAUAGAGAAGAUAGCUACUACUCCAAGUGGAAGAAGUAGAACAGAAAGAGAGCAACGAAGUGGUAACACAUUAUAUCAGGAACUCAGUUUUCAAGAUGCUGAUGCAUUAGGAGAAAUGGAUGAAGGAGCAGAUAUCACUGGUAGUUGGGUUCAUCCUGGAGAAUAUGCUUCUUCAGUCAAUGACAAUUUCUUUGGAAUGGGAAAAGAAGUUGAAAAUCUUAUUAUGGAAAAUAAUGAAUUAUUAGCUACAAAAAAUGCGCUUAACAUUGUUAAAGAUGAUUUAAUAGUUAAAGUGGAUGAACUCACAAGUGAACAAGAAAUAUUACGUGAAGAAGUUCGAGCUUUACAACAAGGUAGAGAACGAUUACGGCAAAAGGUUGUUGUCCUUGAAGAAGAAUUAAAAAAAGUUAAAGAAGAAGCUGAAGCAGCAGCAAAAGCAGCUAAAAGCGAUGAUGAAGAAGAUGUAUCGUUAGCACAAAGAAAAAGGUUUACUAGAGUCGAGAUGGCUAGAGUUCUUAUGGAAAGGAAUCAAUAUAAAGAACGUUUUAUGGAACUUCAAGAAGCAGUUAGAUGGACGGAAAUGAUACGAGCAACAAAGACUGAUCCUUCUAGUAUAUCAGGUGGAAAAGUAUCCGUGUGGAAGUUUUUUAGUAGUCUCUUCACAGGACCUGCUGAUCGAGGAACGUUAGUUCGCGGACCACAUACAUUACCUCACAUGAGAUACAGUGCACCAACCAAUCAAGUUGUUCCAGCACCACCUCUGGACACUAUGCGUAGACGUACGUUGAAAGGUCGCCAUGAGUUUUUCGACCAAGGAGACACCAUAGAUACCUGGUUAUUCUGGUUUUCGGUGGGGUGCUUUUUGGCCAGCAGAUCUUCUGAGAAACUCGUAGCGAGACGUGCAAAUGAACGAAGAGAACAAUAUCGUCAAGUUCGCGCUCAUGUUAGAAAAGAGGAUGGACGAUUACACGCUUAUGGCUGGAGUUUACCUGGAAAACCAAGUGCUCCAGUUAGACAACCUGUUCCUGUGCCUGUCUAUUGCAGACCUUUACAGGAAUCUGAGCCUGGCAUGAAGAUAUGGUGUGGUGCUGGUGUAAACUUAAGUGGUGGUAAAACUCGAGAUGGUGGUUGUAUGGUUGGAGGAAGCGUAUUUUAUGCUGCUGAAGCUCAAGAAAUAAGUACGAACACAAAAACUGAAGCAGAAGAUGCUAUCGAACAUUUAGAUAAGGAACUUCAAGAGAAUGAAAAUCAAAGAGUUGAAGCAGAACAAUUAGAGCAACAUCUUAGUUCAUUAGUAUGGAUUUGUACAUCUACUCAAAAGAUGUCGAAAGUUACUGUGAUAGAUGCUAAUAAUCCAGCUGAUAUUUUGGAAGUCUUUAGCGUUUGUCAAGGACAUUUACUUUGCAUUGCAAGUGUACCUGGAGCCAAAGAGAGUGAUUAUGCUCAAACUAUGAAUGAAGAUUCAAUUCGAACUGCCAAUGGAAUAAAUGAGAAUGAUAAUGAAAUAAAUACAAUUUCAAAUUCCGAACAAAACAUCCAAAAAAACGAACAAGAAGUUCAAUCAUCAUUGGAAAAAAAUAAAAAUGAAUCAGAUUCCUCAGAAGAACAAAACAGUGAAAAUGUUAAAAAAUCAGAUGAUACUAAUCAAAUUAUUCCUAUUGAAUCACAAAGUUUGGAAAGUGUAGAUAGUGAAACCACAAAUUUAGGCAAAGUACAUUUUGUAAAAAUUAAUUUAGAAACACCAAGCUCACAAUUGGAUGAAAAAGAUGAUACAAAUGAAGAAAAACAAAAUAAAAUUGAAGAAGAUACACCUAUAGAAAAAAUGUCUUCAAUACAACCAACAAUGUGGCUUGGAGCUCAAAAUGGUGCAGUAUUCGUUCAUUCAGCUGUCGCUAAAUGGUCAGUUUGUUUGCAUUCUGUUGAAUUGAAGGAUGCUGCAUUAGCUAUUGUACAUGUUCAAGGACGAGUUCUUGUUGCUCUUGCUGAUGGAACUGUUGCAUUAUUUCGAAGAGGUGCAGAUGGACAAUGGGAUUUGUCUCAAUAUCAUGUGAUUACUUUGGGUAGUCCACAACAUUCAAUUAGGUGCAUGACUGCUGUUAGUGGCAAAACUGUAUGGUGCGGAUAUAGAAAUAAGAUUCAUGUAAUAGAUCCAGUAUCAAUGACUGUUGAGUGCACCGUGGAUGCUCAUCCACGACGAGAAUCGCAAGUAAGACAAUUAGCUUGGUUAGGUGAAGGAGUAUGGGUCAGCAUUAGAUUAGAUUCAACAUUAAGACUCUAUCAUGCUCAUACUUAUCAACAUCUCCAGGAUGUUGAUAUUGAACCUUAUGUUAGCAAAAUGCUUGGAACUGGAAAACUUGGUUUUUCAUUUGUAAGAAUUACCGCAUUACUCAUUUCCUCAAACAGGCUUUGGAUUGGCACAGGAAAUGGAGUAAUAAUUUCUGUUCCUUUAUCUGAAAGUGCUGGUGGUUCAAUGGCAGUAUCUAGAGUUCAAGCAGGAAAUGCUAAAAAUGAUGUACCAGGUGUUGGUGUCAGAAUUUUUGCCUCAGAUCGUGGCGUUACGCCUGGCAGUUUUAUACCUUAUUGUAGUAUGGCUCAUGCGCAACUUAGUUUUCAUGGGCAUAGAGACGCGGUUAAAAUGUUUGUUGCAGUGCCUGGUCAUGGCGGUCAAAGUGCAGUAUCAGAUGGUUCUCAGCCUGCUAUGCUUGUUCUUUCAGGUGGAGAAGGCUAUAUAGAUUUUAGAGUUGCGGAUGAAGCGGAAGACGAAAGUGAUGUGGCGACUCAUUUGAUUGUAUGGCAGUUGGUCAGGUAUGCCCCCAGAGAAAAAUGAAAAUCGGUUAAUGGGUUUUUGUUUCGAUUUACGCAACUGUUUACACAAUUAAGUGAAUAAAUUAUUUGUAUUUAUCAACAAAACCUGUACUAACUACUAAAAUUAUGUUUUAUGCACGGUGUAAUGAAAUUCUAAACUAACAAGUUCGCAAGUAGUUAGAUAUAUUUCUAACCUGACAUUAAAACGAUUUUUCUUUAUGAAAAUAUUGAGAUAUAAAAUGUAUAAAUGUUUGUCUAUAUAUAUUGUCAUAUUUUUUAUUUUAUAUCAAAAAAUAUGAAUGAUUAAUCUAAAAUCAUUUGCUUCUGUAUAGCACAAAUUAUUUUUAUAAAAAUUUUCAUUAAUAUAAAAAAAACUAUGUCUGCACCUCCGUUUCUGAAGCAGUUGUAUAUAUUGUACAAUUGUUUUGCUUUUUUCAUUCUCUGGGGGUCGGGCAUUUCCAGCUGACAUGCAUCAUAUUGUAUAAAGAAUGGCUAAUAACUUUACUUCUUAUUCUUAUUUCUAUUAUAAAUUUUUAUUUGUUAUUCAUUAAUUGUGAAUUAUUGUUUUUUCAGGUGAUGGAGAAGAUACAGAAAUAGAACGUUCUAAUAAUGCUGUGUCCGCUAAUGCUGAAGAACACGGAGAACAAAGUCAUCUAAUUGUGUGGCAAGUGCAAUGUCCUUUAUCAGUGCCAAUGAAUGGCUAGCCUAGAAAUUCUAGAAAUAUAUUGAUCCCGGUGUAUAAUUCAGUUUGAACUUUUACAUGUAAAUCGAGGCGUUUAAAUGGUUUACGUGAUAUAUUAUUAUGAAGUUGAUAAAUCAGAUCUAUCUUUUGAUUAAGUAAUUUCUGCAUCUAUUUAAUUAUAAUUAUAUAAUGAUUGUAGCGAAAUAUACAAAUAAUCGUACAAAUAAUGUAACAGCGAAAGAAAAAGAUAUUUUGUGCGACUUUUAAGAAUAAGGAUCAUCUUCAAUAUUUCAUUAUGGAUAAAUCUUAAACAGAAAGUUUUUUCUUUUCUUGUUAAAUAUUGAAAUUAAUUUAUUUCAUGUAAGAGAGUUUGUUAGGGAAUUUUUUUAAAAUUGAAAGAUAUAAUUAGAUUUCUUAAUGUAACACUUUAUAAUUUUUAAUUUUUAAUUCUAAAAACAUCUUUUAUUGAAAUAUUGAUUCGAUUUCACACACAAUAACAUAAUUUUUAAUGAAAAUUUUUUUUUGACAAUUAUGCAUUAUAUUCUUUUUGUAUAUUAUUGCGAAACACGUAUGUAGAAACUUUUAAAACGUCUUGAAGUCCAGUGUCAAAGAACGUUGGAAUUAUAAUAUUAUAUUUCCACCAAUUAAUGUGAUAAAUCAAUAGAAAAUACGGGAUAAUGAGUUUCAAAGCUGCCGUGACAUUUGCUAUCUAGCUGCAAUAAAAUCAAGAUUACUAUAUUAUGGAAGUCAGAUAACAAACAUUGUACAAUGUUCAUUUGCAGGGAUGAGAGGUGCAACCAACCUGGAUAGUAUUUAAAAAUAAUCUAUUGUAUAAAUUGUUUCCAUUAGAAAAUAUAUUAUUUUCCAAACUUAAAUAAUUUGAUUUGCAUAAAAAUAUAUGUAUAUGUGAAAUGUAAUAUAUUUUUUAUGUUCUGCUAUUAACUCUUCUCCAAUAUUACAGUGUUUGAUUGCGCCUAUUUUUUUCAAAAUUAUAAGAUCUUUGAAAAGUAUUGCAAUGAAUUUAUAUAAUUAUGUACAUAAACUGUUGCGAGAUAUUUGUAUAGUGUUUUUCGUAAUUUAAGUUUUUAUCGAUAAACGAAAUAGAUAUGGUUCUGGAUAUAUAUAUAUAUAUAUAUACAUAUACACAUAUGAAAUCAUAUGUUUAAUUUCUCAUUGGUCGCUACAAUUUUAAUUUAUCAUCAACUUCUUUCUUAUACAAUUACCAAAGAUGAAAAACUUAUUGUAUUCUUUAUAUGCAAGAAAUAGUUUGUGCGUUUUAGCCAAUAUAUGUAGCGACCUGAAAUGUAGUAUAAUCUCAUACAUUGAAAUUUAGAAAAAAGUCGCCAUGAUAUUUAAAUUUACAAGAAUUUUUAUAAAUUCCUGUGUUAUAAAUGACAGAUAGUGAAAUUAAGAAUGUGUACGAUAUAUAAGGGCUGCGCAUUUUUUGUGUGUGAGCUCGCUUUCAGUGUCGAGCUCGGAAUUGUACCUGGCUCUGAUGAAGCUGCAAAGGCGUUAAUAAAGAAAGUUGCAAAACAA